CUUGUUAAAUUAAGUCAUUACGGUCGUCAUUCUUCAAGCUUCGAACAAUUUCCAUAUCAAAACCAAUCUUAAAGCUUACGAUUGUCGUUUAUUGCAUCCUGUUACCAUGGAUAUUCUCGGAGGAGUCACCAUGUGGCUGAUUUUCUUCUUUCUUUGGGAUUUACCGACCAUCCAGUCGGCUUUUAUUUACUCUUCAUCUAUUCAACAGGGCAUCAAAGCGACUAGAAUGCACAAUAAUGGACAUCGGGCAAGCAGAUUCUUAAAAGAUAUUUUUGCAUCCUCUUUGACCAAACACCAUCACCAGAGUGGGUUCAAGGACACCUUUGUGCCACAUGAGUAUAUGCUUUCCAUAUAUAGGACUUACUCUAAGGCCGAAAAACUGGGGCUAAAUGCAAGUUUUUUUCAGUCAUCAAAGUCAGCUAACAUCAUUACAAGUUUUGUGGACAAAGGGCAAGACUCUGUGUCUCACAUCCCAUUGCAAAGACAAAAGUACAUUUUUAAUAUUUCAACCCUUUCCGGCAAAGAUGAACUGAUGGGUGCGGAACUGAGGAUACUCCGAAAAGCGCGAACAAAUUUUGCCACAUCAGAUACAAGUUUAUUCAACAUUCACAUAUAUUCUUGUCACUCAAAACAGAAUCUGGAUUCCUGGCCUGCUGUUGUGCGAGAUCGCAGACCACCGGUGUGGGAGGUCUUGGAUGUCUGGAAGGUUUUUAAAAAACAACUAAGUUUUUCCCAAGGCGACGAGCUUUGCUUUGAACUUCAGGCCUCUCCUGAUAAAUCUGAAGGAGAACUUAACCUGCAGCAUCUUGGAUUUAGCAGAGCCAAUAGGCUCCAGCAGGAGAAGGCAAUCUUGGUCGUUUUCACUAGGUCUCAGAAGACGGAGAACCCACUCGGCGACAGGAGAGGAAGUGCAAAGUACGGGGAGUCACGAAAGGUGGCGCAGAAGGGAGGUCCCCGAUCCAAAGCCAGGAGGAGCAGGAGGACGGUCCUAGCGAACCGGCAUGGAAGGAGAAACGGUAAAAAGGCCAAGUCGAGGUGCAGCAAGAAACCUCUUCGCGUAAAUUUUAAAGAGCUUGGCUGGGACGACUGGAUCAUAGCACCGCUUGACUAUGAGGCUUAUCACUGUGAGGGGCUGUGCGACUUCCCCCUGAGGUCGCACCUGGAGCCCACAAACCACGCCAUCAUCCAGACCCUCAUAAACUCCAUGGACCCCAGCAGCACCCCCGCCAGUUGCUGUGUUCCUGCCAAACUCAGUCCAAUCAGCAUACUGUACAUAGACUCUGGGAACAACGUUGUGUACAAGCAGUAUGAGGACAUGGUGGUGGAGUCUUGUGGUUGCAGGUAGCCCCCCCCCCUCCUGACAGUCUCUAUGGUGCAGAUCCAGACACAUGACCAGUGGUCCAUGGAUACAAGGGAGGGCUGACAUAGUGAAUUUUCUGCAGAUUUUAAGGUUCUGGUUUCUAAUUUAUCUACAGAAGCUUAUCAACAGCAGCGAAUCUGACUUACAGCUAUGAGACGUGCUUAUAAAUGGAGGCACCAUGUUCAUAUGCAUAUCUGGAAGAUUCAUCACACAACCUGGUGGUUUUCAUAAAACUCAUCAAUAAAACGUCCUUUUGGUUGCCGGGCAAAGUAAUGCAUGUCGCAGUGCUGGUCUGUUGGAUUCUACAGUGGUCAGAUGUGUAUAGAGGAUAGUCACAAAAGCAAGUACUUUCACCAAGAGGUCAGUAAAGAGCAGGUGGAAACUUACUUAACUAAAUUCCAUAGUUAGUGGAACCAGCCAAGUGAAGUAGAGCUCAAAUCAUUUAAACCCUUUAUCACGUCUCAUCAGCACCACCAUGAACCAAUUUUAUGGCUAUUUGAGAAGAUGGAUGUUAUCACCAAAGUAUAAAAGUCUAAUUGUGGUUCACAACUCUGUUCUCAAAGUGCCCCUUUGUGUAUGGCUUCCCAACCAAUCUCUUAAUUAAAUAAAGUCUGAUAGGCUAUUAUGAAUUUUGAUCUAAAAUACCGUUAAUGAUUUUAUUGUUAGGUCUGGUAACAGUUAUACAACACAGGAGUGGUAUGUUUGUGCUAAUUAAAAAGGUCAAUAAACAAAUAAUUGGUUGUAUUUCAUAACAAAUUUAUUGUGAUAAUUACAUUGCAUUAUUAAGACCCAAAGAAAUAUUUUUCUUGUCCUGUACAACACUGAUCCAAACUGAAGAUUGUUCUCUGCAAUAGUACAGCAGUGUUAAAACUUCACUUGCAGUUACAUUUCCAUAGGACCUUCCAUAAGCUGUAAUAAGGGUUUUUGCGGCACAAAUAUUGAAAUAUAUUCAAAAAUAGCAAAAAUAUAUUCAAAAAUAAGUCAGAUUCAGAAUUUAACAAUUCAGCCAUUACCCAGUUGUUUUUUUAAAGAGUUUACUUGCAACAGAAAUCAACAUGCACAGCAAUAGUCUAGGACUAUUUCUGAGAAUAAUUAUACUGUAGGGAGAAAUGUUUUUUUAGUGUUUUCUUCCACAUUCUGCUCCUCUGCAUCCACAUCGUUGCCAAAGAACUCAGUGAGAAGAACAACAUAUUAGCUUGAAAUUGUGGUUGAUUGAUCGACUUAGUUACAGCUUCGAGAUAACCAAAACAAGCCCUUUUUUCAUAUUCGUGUUGUGCUGUGUCUGAAAGGACAAGGCCAGAGGACAUUUCGACAAUGUGUGGCACCAAUGUGAUGUUACAGAUUCAAGUCCAAAGCAACAGUCUGAUUGCAGAGAGGAAAUCACAAACUUUGUGUUCAAGUCACUGUAGAAAAGGACAAAUGGAGUUAGACAGUGAGGAGGUCUAAAUGCACAAUAACUUUUAUGCACUGUGGUUUAUAUUUGAACUGUAAGUAUUUGUACAUAUAAAAUGUAGAGCUUGCCAAUGGUAAACAACAUUUCAUAAAUGUGUGUCGGUGUGCAUGUGUGUGGCUGUAUGUAGGUGUGCUGGGAUCUUUCUGUGUUUAUUUUAUUUCAUUUCAUCUGUACAGGGUGUUGAAGGUAAUGAUAUAUUUUAUGUGAGAUUAUUUUAACAAUGUACACAGCCUGUGUUAUUCUGUACUGGGGAUCAAAACUCAAUUAUCCUUGUCUACCUCAAAAAUAUAUUAACUCUUGAAAGU